AUGUCCAAAUAUCCUGAACCAAGCAAGUUAAAAGAUAGGUAUUCACCUGUUAAGAAGAUACCGCCAUAUAAAGAGAGAAAUGACAACUCUAAAAACUACGAAGCCUUUGCGGUUGCUCCUGGUAGAGGUGGAUUAUUGAAAAAUGGCAAGUCAUCUGGAGUGCUUCUGGUAACAGAUAAAGAUAAUAUAGAGCUGGUACCUUCAGCAAGAGCAAGUAAGGUAGAUUCCAAAAUACCUCAGCCAAAUAGAUUUUCUCCUAUUAAGAGAAGUGGUUCACCCAUACGUCGCCAAAAGAUUAGCGAGAUUGAACAUGAAGCAAUACAAACUAAAGACAAAGAAGUCCUUGAAGAGAUCAACAAGAGAGCAAAGACAGUUUCCUUUACAAGUGACACACAGUUCAACAAUAGUUCUACCAGCCUCUUUGUACAUUCACGCAGCUCAUCAAUGAGAAGUGAUAGCGGGUCAUCUAAUACACUUUCAGAAGAUCAAUUCUUAUAUGUUAUAGGCCGGAUAAACGAGAUCCAAAGUACACAGAAACAGAUUCUACAGAAAUUGGAAAACUUAGACCAAAAGUUAGCAUGA